AUGACCGCUGGCUGGGCUGCCGUUCCCGCAGAUCUAUCCGUCUAUCUCGCCGCUCUAAAACUUCAACGCCACUUCUCUCUUCCUACUCGUGAAGUCCUGGUCUGUCUUGAAGAUGUCCGCGGUUCUUUCAGCGGCGGAAGCCUCAGCUCACUGUGUAGCCUCGAGCCCGUCAACAUCGCCCCUUUUGAUUUAUCUCCUGUGCCAAGGACUGAACAACAAGGGGCCAAAACGGGGGUUCUUCCGCCCCCCAACGCUUUUGGCGUCCAAACCGUUGAUGAACUGGGCGUUUUAGUGGAAAGUACCCAUGCACAGGUAGAGGAGGUUGUCAUCGGCCGAAGCUGGGGCUUAUACGCCGGUCAUGGAUCAGGCUUCCUGAGCCCGGAAGGCUACGGAAAGGAUUUCUUCUUCUCGUCAAGAAUGAAAUGUUCUAAUGCUUUAUCAGCAUUGGUGUUUCGAACUAGCCUCUCCCUUGUCACAAAUGCGAUCACAAAAAUCCCUCCUGUACGCUACUUGGCCGCCCGGGUGUUCCCACCAGGAACAGGUCCAUCUGAGGAAGCCCGUAGAAGCCACUAUUUCAAGUAUCGCACUCUGGCUAUAGCAGACAACAAAGGAGCUGAGCCUGUUCCGAAAGUUGAAGUCAAGUUCGCAUAUAGUGGCGAUCCGUACGUGUUCACAGGCGUAGCACUGACGCAAGUGGCAUUGGUCCUCCUGCAAGGAACCAUACCUUCUCACAAACGCGGAGGUAUUUUGACAUCUGCAGCAUUGGGCGAGGAGUUUGUAACGAGGCUAAAGCAGCCGGAGGCGGGUGUCGAGAUAGAGGUUGAGGUACUGGGCGAACAAUUUGACCGUGUGUAA